AUGACCGUCGUUGAAAAUUGUCAAGUGUCACGCGAAACUGAUGUCCGAACCGAACUGAAUACCAAGGCCAACGACAUUGGGCAUACUCAAAAGCAGGCAAACAAAGAAAUGAUGUCGUCGUUCGUCUUCGCAUUGUCACCGGGUGAUGACCGUGCCGGCUGGCUGUGGAUGAGCCAGAAAUACUUUUCAGUAAACAAUGAAAAUACUCUUGACAGAAGCACCUCUGAUCUGGUCCGAAUGCAAAUACGUUGGUAUGUGCAGGUUCUUGUUGCUGGCUGGUUUACUCAAUCAAUGCAGCUUGUGGGAGACUGGCUUUGA